UUUAGUCGGUGAGCGAGAGUGCGUACGAGCGAGUGACGUUCGGGCUACACGGGACGCCUUUGCCCCUCUGCAGUCGACGCGUCCGGCCACCGUGGCGGCAGCGUCCUCCGUGGGGGUCUCCCCGCCGCUGCCACCGCCGCCACCUCCGGCUCCCCGCAUCAAAAAGUUCAGCAUCUACCGCUGGGACCCGGACAAGAGCGGCGACAAGCCCAGGGUGCAGACUUUCGACGUGGACCUGAACGCCUGUGGGCCCAUGGUUCUGGACGCGCUGAUCAAGAUCAAGAACGAGGUCGACCCCACGCUGACCUUUCGCCGGUCCUGCAGGGAAGGAAUCUGCGGGUCGUGUGCCAUGAACAUCGACGGCAUCAACACGCUCGCCUGCACCUGCAAGAUCGACACGGGCCUGGGCAAGGCGUCGCGUGUCUACCCCCUGCCGCACAUGUACGUCAUCAAGGACCUGGUUCCCGACAUGAGUAACUUCUACGCUCAGUACAAGUCCAUCGAGCCGUACCUCAAGAAGCGAGAUGAGUCCCAUGAAGGCGAAGCUCAGUACCUCCAGUCGGUUGAGGACCGAGACAAACUGGAUGGUCUCUACGAGUGCAUCCUGUGUGCCUGCUGCAGCACCAGCUGCCCCAGCUACUGGUGGAACGCUGACAAGUACCUGGGUCCCGCCGUGCUCAUGCAGGUACUCACCCCCACCCCCCGACCCCCGACCCCCGACCCCUGA